UACUCUCUCAUAUUACACAUAAAGAAGAAGAAAAAAACAUCUAUAUCUCAAAAAUGUUUACAUUUUCUAAUCAUGAGAUGGUUUUGAUCUUUGGUCUCUUGGGUAACAUUGUGUCAUUCUUGGUGUUCUUAGCUCCAUUGCCAACCUUCUAUUCAAUUUACAAGAAAAAAUCAUCUGAAGGGUUUCAAUCAAUUCCAUAUGUGGUUGCACUUCUUAGUGCAUUAUUGUUGCUAUACUAUGGCUUUCUAAAAACCAAUGCUCUUUUGAUUAUCACCAUCAAUUGUAUUGGAUGUGUUAUAGAAGUUAUUUACCUAAUCAUGUUCAUCAUAUAUGCUCCCAAGAAACUCAAGAUAUCAACUUUGAUUUUGAUACUUGUUGCUGAUAUUGGAGGCUUUGGCAUGACAAUGAUAAUCACUUUCUUUAUUGUGAAGAGAGCCUUUCGUGUCCAUGCUGUUGGUUUGAUUUGUGCCAUUUUUAACAUUGCUGUCUUUGCUGCUCCUUUAAGCAUAAUGAGAAGGGUGAUUAAAACAAGAAGUGUUGAGUUCAUGCCAUUUUCCUUGUCAUUGUUUCUUACUCUAUGUGCCACCAUGUGGUUCUUCUAUGGACUCUUUGACAAGGAUAACUACAUUAUGAUGCCAAAUGUGUUGGGAUUUUUAUUUGGCAUCUCUCAAAUGAUCUUAUACCUCAUAUACAAGAAUGCUAAGAAUAAAGUUGAAGCUAAUUCAACUGAGAAACAAGAACAUGGUUUUGAUGAUGAUGACAAUAAACAGAAUUUCACUUCAAUGGUGGAAAUGAAAGAGAAUAUAGUUUGAUGUUUCAUUGUAUAUUAUAUGUUUAAUUAGGAUGAAUGAUGAAUCAUGAAUAACAUGUCUCUUAAUUAUAUCUUAUAGAGUUAUUAUGUUCUAUGUACUAAUAGAGACUAUGAGCUAUGACAUGCUUUGAUUAUA